UCAAAAGACCGUGAUCAUAUGUUGAUAAGUGAUAACUCGAAGUAGGUAUAAAUAAAGUAGUUCAUUUCAUUAAACAAAGUAAAAUUAAAACUGAAAACGCAUUAUUAGCCGACCAGCUGCUUAUAGUACUCAUCCGUAGAUAGCAUAUCAACAACACUUGUAAAACAGGUUUUUCAUGAUGGGAGAAAUAUGGAGAAUGAGUUCUCAUAUGGAAAGUGUUAUAAAAGCAUAUAAAACAUUGUCAAAGAUACCCUCAAUAGUAGGGGGUAGAUUGAACAGCAAGGGUAACAGGGUAACAUCAAGAUGGUCUGUACGUAAUUUGGACAAAGGAAAAAGUACACAGUAUUUGAUUGAUUAUGUUUUGGAUGAUAAAUUGAAUGUUAUCAGUCAGAGUGAUUUUGGAGUUGAUAUAAGUCAUGAAUUGCUUACUGCUGUUUCACCAAAAGAGAACUUUAAAGCAGUGAUCAGAGAAGAAAAAGAUGACAAAGAUUGUUCCAAGAAGAAAUUCUUCCUGGAAGUCUGGUCUAAGACUUCACUGAAACAUUCUAUAGACUUAACUUCAUUGGACAUUCACGGAGAUGUGUAUGCUGAUUCGGAAUUUGGUAGUUUGGAUUGGUCUUCUGAUGAAAAGCAAAUUGUGUACAUAGCUGAGAAAAAGUUGAAAAAAUCAGAACCUUUUAUAAAGAGGAAAACGGUGGAUGAUAAAAAUAUAGACUCUGAAAAAAAACCAAUACCGGGCGAAGAACAUUUGUUCCGAGAGGAUUGGGGUGAACAACUGACUGGCAAGCAACAGAGUGUCGUUGUUAUUUGCAAGCUAGCAGAUGAAAGUUUCACCAUCUUGGAGAAUAUUCCGGACAACUGGUGUCCGGGACAGGUUAGGUUUACCCCCAGUGGAGACGGAGUAGUGGGAGUGGCCUGGGAUAUAUCAGGUGUUAGACGUCUAGGCCUCAUAUAUUGUACUAAUCGCCCUGGAUAUAUAUUCUGUCAUACGCUUGCUGGAAAACUUAUAAAGCUGAGUGGAGAUAACGCAGCGGUCAGAUCUCCGCGCUUCUCCCCGGCCGGCGAGCUGGUGUGGCUGCAGCGCGCGGCGCGCGGCCCGCACCACGCCUGCCACCAGCUGCUCCGGAUCACUGCUGACGAUUUUAAAAGCAUCUUGGAAUCAGAUGAUAGUGUAGUUGGCGACAAAGUUUCAGUGGUUAUUGAUAUUGUCCAAACUAAGAAGGAUAUAUUGAAUGAAGAAACCUUCUACGGCAUAUAUUGUCAGAACCUACCAGCGAAGUGUUUCAGCAGUGACGGCAAGAGGUUAAUAUUUAGUACCCAACAGCAAAAUGAGAUUAGGAGCUAUGUGGUCGAUAUAGAUAGUGGCAAUAUAACAGAUAUAUCUAAUAAUAAGAAGAGUCCAGGGUCAACGUCCGUGCUGAGUGUACAGUCUGAUGUUAUAUUAGCAGCUUGGUCCAGUUUGACGACACCGGGCCAGGUGUUCGUGGCCAAAUUGCCUCCUGCGGGGUCAGAGACGAACAUCGAAUGGGUCAGGAUAAGUGCUCCAAGUUCUGUACCGAGCGUUGUUGCCAACGCCAAGGUGCAGUACGUGAGCUUGAAACACGAGAAUUCGGAAGACGAAGUCUCGUCGUUCACGGCGCUGUACGUGGGCCCGGAGCGGGGCGGCGUGUGCCCGCUCGUGAGCUGGCCGCACGGCGGGCCGCACUCCGCCUUCAGCAACGCCUACUCGCUGGAGGCCGCCCUCUUCACCGUGAUCGGCUUCUCAUCUCUCCUAAUCAACUAUCGAGGAUCAUCUGGAACGGGGGAUUCGUCAAUAUUUUUCCUACCAAGUCGUAUCGGUACGUCCGACGUAGCCGAUUGCAAACUGGCGACCGAAAAAGCCCUAGAUAUGUUCCCCGUAAAUGACAAGAAACUCGUGUUAUACGGUGGUUCUCAUGGUGGUUUCUUAGUGACACAUCUCAGUGGGCAAUACUCAGACUUCUAUAGAGCGACAGUUGCGAGAAAUCCUGUCAUAGAUUUGACGUCCAUGUAUAACACUUCUGAUAUAGCGGAUUGGUGUUCCGUAGAAGCAGGCAUGCCCUUCAAAGAAGACGGUCCUGAGACCGAAGAGAAGCUAUUAGCUCUACGUAGAGUGUCUCCGUUAGUCCACGCUCAUAAAGUGACCACGCCCACCGCCCUCAUGUUGGGCACUAAGGACAAAAGGGUGCCUUACUACCAGGGUUUGGAGUAUGGCAGGAAAUUGAAGGCUAAUGGGGUCAUGGUUAAGAUGUUCGUGUAUGAAGACAACCAUGCUCUAAGCAGCUUGCCCGCUGAGAUGGACAACCUCAUCAAUGGCGCAGACUGGUUUAUUUCAAUGAUAAAACCAUAGCGGUGCAAGGAGCUGAUGAGCGAAUAUUUGAGGGAAUAGGCAAUGGAAGUGUUUUUUUAGUGUUGCCAGUACCUGUAGCGCUAGAUAAUUGCGAGUGUUGCUACACAAUACAAUAUUAUUUUUAUAAGCGUAAACAUUUUAUAUACGAAGUCAAAUCAAAAAUAAUUUGUAAUAUUAU